AUACGAUCCAAUUGAUAAAAUUGUCCACAAAGCAACAGAUAAAUGCAAUUUGUAAUCCGGAAAGAAUGAUUAAAUAAAAAUUAGGUCGCCUUUUAAAUCGUGGUCAUUUCAGUUCAGAAUUUUCAGCCAUCUAUCAGUCUCCAUAUUUCUGUCACUGAUCAUUCCAAUUUUCGUUUCGGCAAAAUUGCAGAGCUUUAAAUGCAUAAGUACUGCACGUACUUGCAGUUUUGUGGUCGUGCGAGUUGCGUUCAUUUUUGCUAUGGUUUCUCGUGAAUGGUUUGGUUAAACUCGCCUAAAUCCUUCAAUGUGUUCUGGAGAUGGUGUGUAAAGAGGACGUUUUAUUAUGGUUUAAGGACUUGGAAGGUUAUAAGCGGUUAGAUGUAAUGUACGAGUUGUUAAGUAUGUGCGUCCCUUUCGAAGUUCGGUUUUUGGGUAGUUGCAUUGAAGAGAUCGGUAAGCACAGUUAUCAAGAGCUACGAGGAUCCGCAAUUAUAGCUAAUGACAUUGAUAAGCUCACGAAGGACUCAACGCUUACACAGGGGUUAUUCGAUGAAGGUGUUCGACAUAGAGUAUUAAUUUAUUUAUCGUUGUUGUCUGCGAGCAAUUGCAAGUGUGCUAAUUGGUUGUAUAAAACGUUACUCAGGACAGAAUGGGUAGAGUCGUGUGUGUUAAGAGGGAAUGUUAAAGAUGAAAAUUUGCAAAGUGAACUUUUAUUAUUGUUUACAAUGGGCCUAUAUCAUCCGGCAUUCACGUUUGAUCAAAAAAACUUUUUCGGUAACAUGUUGGCCCAUGUUAUCGAGCAGAGGGAGUGCAAGAAGCAUCUGACAACCAAACCUUUCCCGAGUUAUAGUCCAGGAAUGGGAUACAAUCAUUUACAAACAAUAAUCUCGCAACAUGAUACGCCAUCUGUACCUGUAAAGACUACGACUGUAUGUCAAACUGAUCGAGUUCCUCACCCGCAACAGACCCAAACUAUAAUUCCGCAUCCGAUUAGCGGUCCGGUUGAAGUAAUGCAGAUGUGGACGAGACCGGGAUUUAUCGGGCAGGUGCAUCCGCCGCCGGAGAUCUCUCCAUUUCCCCCACCACCUGCUUCUCCAAUAGUCAGUGAAUCUUCAUCGCCUUGUCCAAGUCGGACUGCCUCUCCGCAUAGGACGUACCCUAUUAGGUCAGCUACGGGGCUGCAGUCGCCUAGUCAGAUGGUCGAAGUCCUACCUGUUUAUAAACCUCAAGUUCCUCCCAAUCCGGUCUCUCAACCUAAUUUGCCCCCUUUUGGUUCGGCUUUCAUAUCUAACGAUGAGGAUUGUACCCACAUCCCAGAUGAAAAAAUGAGAGAAUCACCUUGGAUAAAUCCGGUCAUGGUGCGUGUCGACAUGAAACCACCAAACGGGAUUCGCCUUCCCCCAUACUCGAAACUACCCGAAGAGUAUUGUCUCGGCCAAAUGCAAGCCCUGAAUUUGGACGUCGACAACUCACUACAAUGCUCUAGUUCUAGUUCGUCUAGCACCAACAGUCUGAAUCACUCACCUCCCGACACGCCGACAGUUCCUACAGUACCACACCACGGCCCCGGGCGGGGCGAGACGAAGCCACGAAUGAACGGCGUUCCGCAGCAAUACGUGAAUACUGGCCAUCCUAAUAUGAACGUUGGACUUCCAGUUUGUGAUACAACUCCACCUCCUCACCCCGCUCCCACCUUAAAUAAUUGUUCAGUGCCUUACAGCAAUUAUCCUCCGCAAGUAACGCUCACUGCCAUUCCUAAUAGGUCCGUUUAUCAACCUUACAGGCCACCCUUUAGCGCACCCUUCACUUAUCCGACACCGGAAAUGUUCUCCUACACUUACCCUUACGUUUUCCUUUCUAGCACCCCCUCACAGUUACCCAACAGAACGUCUAAUUGCUUUAAUUGCGGCGCUGUCGGCCACGCUGGUGCUGAUUGUAAUGGACAAACCGUAGAGGACAUUACUCAAAAGAAAGCGUACACCUUGGAUUAUAAUUCAGCACUACCCAAUGCUGAGAAAUGAUAAUGACUGUUGCAUAUAGCUAGAUUAUAUUUGUGAUUCAAUCGAGUUACCAUAUUAUGUGUAAUGCAGGUAUCUGUAUAAUAGGGUCCCUAGAUGUAAAGCAGCAAUCUUUGUUGUUUUAUGGGCAACGAUUUUCAACUUACAAUUUUUCUACUCUUCAUUUUAAUGUUUACUAUUUUUUUAACUGUACGAUGACAAGAUCUGAUAUUGUACUGUCUUAGAUGUAGCAAAGUUUUUGAUGGGUGGUGUACUAUUAAAAUCACUCUAAGGAGAUUUUAAAUCUAAUUUCUUUAAGAGUCGCAUUGGCUUGCAACGCAAUUUUUAAUUCGUAUGACCUCUAUUAACAGAAAUCGCAAACUCACCUUAAUCUUAAACUAAAACUAAGUGCUUUACAGGAUUUGUUUUUUGUCCACCCCUGGUGAUAUUUUAAUUUUAUAGUGCAGUUUCUAGAGUUCAAGUAUGAAUGUUUUAUUGUUACGAAUUUUAAAAAAAAUGUAUUUAUUGUGUGUAAAAGAAGUUGUACUUAUAUAUUUUUUGCAUUGAUGUGUUUGGUAAAAUUAGAUUAAUCAAUUUUUCUAGUUACUAAAUUCUAUUGUAAAU